CAGAAGCCAUUUCUAUCAUGAGAAGACUAUUGAGAAGAAAUCCAGAGCGCCGCCUAGGGGCAAGUGAAAAGGAUGCAGAAGAUGUAAAAAAGCAUCCGUUCUUCAGACACAUAGACUGGCAUGCAUUGUUGGCAAAGAAGGUGAAGCCUCCAUUUGUACCUACAAUUAAAGGACGGGAAGAUGUGAGCAAUUUUGAUGAUGAAUUUACCUCCGAAGCCCCCAUCCUCACACCUCCCCGAGAGCCACGGUUACUAACAGAGGAGGAGCAAGAAGCAUUCAGAGAUUUUGACUAUAUUGCGGAUUGGUGUUGA